UACUAGGUUAGGUUUUAAACUGUUUUUUAGCAGGAGAAAGAAGAUUAUUCAUCUGUCAAAACUAAGUGAUAUAAACAGCUGGAACAAAAAUAUUCUUGAUUGUUCGGAUUUGUGUGUCUGUCUGUUCCAGCUGACAAGCCCAAUAAUCAGCAAAAUGAGCAGUGGAGGAGUGGCAGAGAGCGGCAAGCCUCCAAAGAUUGGUUCCAUCGUGGAGGUGACAGGGAAGGGUCAGCGUGGUACUGUCGCGUACAUUGGUGCCACCCUCUUUGCCACAGGGAAAUGGGUGGGCGUCAUACUGGACGAGCCCAAAGGCAAGAACGACGGCACUGUGCAGGGCAAACGAUACUUCACCUGUGAGGAAAACCAUGGCAUAUUUGUCAGACAGUCACAGAUCCAGGUGGUGGAGGAGGGCUCCAGUGCCCCAUCACCAGACACGCCAGAGACUGGCACUGCCAAGAUCCCCAAAUUAAAAGAUAUGUCUGAGACUCCUAAAACAGGCAAACAGACACCCGUGACCCUUAAGAAGUCCUCUACCCGCAGAUCUGCAAAGUGGGACACACCGCAGCGUCUGGCGUCAGCUACUUCCCUCCCCUCUCUCUUGCUCCGCCCUUCCAGUCGCAUCGGUUUGUUGCUCAGGGCGUCUCGUGAAAACCUCUCAUCCUCUGUGUCCGGCGACAUCAGUGAGGCCGGCCUGUCCUCCCACCAGGGAGCUCUAGGGGGCCCCGUGGUGCCACAGCCAGGCGGCUCGCCUGCAGCAGUAGCAGUUGUGGCUGGUCCGAGCAAGGAGGAUCCUGGAAUUGCCAAGCAGGAGGAGGAGUCGCUGCGAGCUCAGGUGAAGGACCUGGAGGAGAAGCUCGAGACGCUGAAGAUGAAGCGGGCCGAGGACAAGGCCAAGCUGAAGGAGCUGGAGAAGCACAAGAUCCAGCUGGAGCAGCUUCAGGAGUGGAAGACCAAAAUGCAGGAACAGCAGGCUGAGUUGCAGAAACAACUCAAAGAAGCCAAGAAGGAAGCACGUGAGGCACAGGAAUCCAAGGACCGCUACAUGGAAGAGAUGGCGGACACGGCAGAUGCCAUAGAGAUGGCCACGCUGGACAAGGAGAUGGCUGAGGAGCGAGCAGAAUCCCUUCAAGUGGAGGUGGACUCGUUGAAGGAGAAGGUGGAGGAGCUGUCCAUGGACCUGGAAAUCCUGAGACACGAGAUAACAGAGAAAGGUUCAGAUGGAGCAGCCUCGAGUUACCACGUCAAACAGCUGGAGGAGCAGAACAGCAGACUAAAGGAGGCGCUGGUCCGGAUGCGCGACUUGUCGACCUCAGAGAAACAAGAGCAUGUGAAGCUUCAGAAGCAGAUGGAGAAGAAGAAUUCAGAACUGGAGACGCUGAGGACUCAGAAGGAAAAGCUGCAGGAGGAAGUCACACAGGCCGAGACUAUGAUAGAUGAACUUAAAGAGCAGGUGGAUGCGGCUCUGGGGGCAGAGGAGAUGGUGGAGACCUUGACUGAGAGGAACCUUGACCUGGAGGAGAAAGUCAGGGAGCUCAGAGAAACAGUCACUGAUCUGGAGGCCAUCAAUGAGAUGAAUGAUGAGCUCCAGGAGAAUGCCAGGGAGACAGAAAUGGAGCUGAGGGAGCAGCUGGACCUGAGUGCGGGAAAGGUGAGAGAAGCAGACAAAAGGGUGGAGGCUGCCCAGGAGACGGUGGCCGACUACCAGCAGACCAUCAGCAAAUACCGAGAUCUGACAGCCAGGCUGCAGGAAGCCAACAGGGAGCUGACGAGCCAACAGAAUGCAAACGUUGAACAAGUGCAGCAACCUCCUCCAGAACUGUUCGACUUCAAAAUCAAGUUUGCAGAGACGAAAGCUCACGCGAAGGCCAUUGAGAUGGAGCUGAGGAAAAUGGAGGUGGCUCAGGCCAACAGGCAGGUGUCUCUGCUCACCUCCUUCAUGCCAGACUCUUUCCUCCGUCAUGGCGGAGACCACGACUGCAUCCUGGUGCUGCUGCUCAUCCCCAGGCUCAUCUGUAAGGCCGAGCUGAUCAGCAAACAGGCACAGGAGAAGUUCGACUUGAACGGGAACUUGGUCCAGGGGCCGGUGCUCAGAGGGCCGGCAGGAGAACAGCGCAGCUUUGCUUCGGGGCUGGUUUACUCCCUCUCACUGCUGCAGGCCACUCUGCACAAAUACGAACAGGCUCUGAAUACAUGUAGAGUGGAGGUUUUCAAACGCAUGGGUACGCUGUACUCCGAAAUGAGCUUCCACGAGCGCUCUCUGGAUUAUUUAAUUGACCUGCUCCACAAAGAUCAGUUAGAUGAAACUGUGCAGGUGGAACCUCUGACCAAAGCCAUCAAGUACUAUCAGCAAUUAUACAGCGUUCACCUGGCGGAACACACUGAGGACUGCACCGUGCAGCUUGCUGAUCACAUUAAGUUUACCCAGGGUACUCUGGACUGCAUGGGAGUGGAGGUCGGCCGCCUGCGAGCUUUCCUGAUGGCGGGCCAGGAGAGCUCCAGUCUGGCUGUCCUCCUCAAAGACCUGGAGACUUCCUGCUCUGAUGUAAGACAGUUCUGUAAGAAGGUUCGCCGUCGCAUGCCCGGAACAGAUGUGGUCGGAGUGCCGGCGGCUGUCAGUUUUGGACCGCAGGUGUCGGAGAUGCUGACUGAGUGCAGGCGCCAGCUGACCCGCGUGGUGGCGGUGCUUCAGGAGGUGGCUGCAGCUGGCGCUCAGAUGGUGGCUCCUCUGGCUGAACAGGAGGGGCUCAGCGCCCUCAGACUGGAAGAUUGUGCCUCAAAGGCAGCAGAGCAGGUUUAUGGGUCAAGUGACGUGAAUGCUCCAGAGUGUCUGCGUCAGUCCUGCAGCUCUAUCAUUGCCACCAUGAAUAAGAUGGCCACAGCAAUGCAGGAAGGAGAGUAUGAUGCAGACAAACCGCAGGGAAAGAUACCUCCAGUGGAAAUACGAGCAGCCACGCUCAGGGCUGAGAUGACCGAUGCCGAGGGUCUCGGAGUGAAACUGGAAGACAGAGAAACUGUCAUCAAAGAACUCAAAAAGUCACUCAAGAUAAAGGGCGAGGAGCUGAGUGAGGCAAACGUUCGGCUGAGUCUGCUGGAGAAGAAGCUGGACACUUCCACAAAAGAUGCUGAUGAACGUGUGGAGAAGAUCCAAACCAAACUGGACCACAGCCUCGUCCUGCUGAAAAAGAAAGAAAAAGAAUUCGAGGAGACGAUGGAUGCUCUGCAGGCUGAUAUUGACCAGCUGGAGGCGGAGAAGGCUGAGCUCAAACAGCGCAUCAGUAACCAGUCGAAGAUGACCAUUGAAGGCCUGCGAGGACCAGCCACUUCUGGAAUUGCCUCCAUCGUUCAGGGAUGUGCAGGAGGUGGCUUAUCUUCUGUAGCAGGACCAGUGCAGGUGGUGGACUCUCCUCUCCUCAGGCAGCAGCUGGACGCUCAGAGGCUGGGCAUCAAACACCUCAAGAAUGAAAACAACAGGCUCAAGGCGGAGAAGAUGAGAGCCCAGCUGGCCUCGCUACCUCCGCUCUGUCCCCCAAAACUGCCACCCAUGUCCAAAGAAAGUUCUCUGCCUCCAGCGGGACUGAACACGGGUCUGUACCGGAGGACUGACCAGCUGCUAGCCACCCUGCUCAAGCUGAGUGCAGAGGUGAAAGUGGUGGACAUAACCGGGAGGACAGCAGUUAGCGCCAGUGCCCAGCUGUUGGAGCAGACGGCUCGACUGCAGUGUCUCAGCGACGCUCUGGACAAACUCCAGGGAGAAAUAGCUGAAAACAUCGUCUCCCAUCAGCCUGGUGCAAAGGCUUCGUCCGACUUCGCCACCUUCCCAUCGUCUUUCUUCCUUAAGGCCAAAGAAGAGAAUUGGAGCGGUACAGUGUUUGUGGGCCGUGUUGCCAUCCCCUGCACCCGCGGCCAGGAGCAGCUGCACCGCCUCGUCCUAUCACAGCAGCAGCUCCAGCAAGUGCACCGCCUUCUGUCAGCCUAACGCAGUGCCUCCAACACAUCAUGGCGCUUCUUCUUCCACGAUUCCAAACUUAUUCCCAUCGGAGCGUUUGACGUUCUCAGGAAGAUUUGUCCCAACAUUUCCUACUGUUAAAACAGCAGCACAAACACAAGCCUGCUCAUAAAACUACUUUGAAGAGUCUAGCUAGUUUGGGGUUCAUCACUUAUGUUUGCACGAGUCUGAGACAAGUGGGAUCUCCCCCCCCCACCCCCAAUCUUUACUUUCAAGUUUCUAUUAUGUAUAUUUGCUGUAAUUCUUGUUCCUGCAUGGAAUUCCACUACAUUAAGUUCGUGUUACUUCUAAUUCUGAUGUCUUAGCAUGUAGCGCCAUGUGUCAAGCUAAUAGUAUCUUGUCUCUUUUUUGCUUUUCUGUCUCAAGUUAAUCCAACAUCAGUCAGUGCUUUAUGUACCAACGCUGGACACACUGCUGAAAUCUGUCACUUUUGUACUACAAUUCGAUAAUUUAUGCUAGCACCAGCGUCUUUGAUCUCAAUGCCUUUUUGCUCCCUUUUGCUUUUCAUUUCCACAGUUCUGGUGUAUUUAAAUAAAAACAUUGAAAAUGUAUUGAU